AUGCCCAGCCCGAUCCGACGCUCCCCCAGCUCAACCGGGGGGCUGCCCCCGGCCCCCGCCCCCAGCUUAAGCACUCUGCCGGUGGCCGACGGCUCUGCCCUGCUGCGCGCCGUGGCGCAGGGCAAGUUCCGCCUGACUCGGCUGCUGCUGGAGGGGGGAGCUUACAUCAACGAGGGCAACGCCGCCGGGCAGACCCCGCUGAUGGCCGCCUGCCGAGCCGCCUACGCCGACCCCCUGGAGCAGCCCCGCAUGGUUCGCUACCUGCUGGAGAACGGAGCCGACCCCAACAUCCCGGAUAAGAGGGGGAUGACCGCUCUGAUGCACGCCUGCGCCGAGCGAGCCGGCCCGGCCGUGGCCGCCGUCCUCUUGGCUCACGGAGCCGACCCCAGCGCCCGGGAUUACGCCGGAGCCUCCGCUUUGGUUUACGCCAUCAACCGAGGGGACAGGGAGAUGCUGAAGGUGCUGUUGGACGCCUGCAAGGCUCGGGGCAAGGAGGUGAUCAUCAUCACCACCGACACCUCGCCGUCGGGCACCAAAACCACCCGGCAGUACCUCAACUCGCCGCCGUCGCCGGGGCUGGAGGAGAAGAGGUCCCCGGGGCUCUGCAUGUCGCCGUCUGACAUCGAGGUGAGGACGGUGGCGUCCCCGGCGGGCAGCGAGAAGGAAGAGGAGAGGGAUGUCUUCUGCUUCCCACCGCCCCCACCGCCGCCCCCGCCGCCCCCGGCCGCCGCCGCCGCCGUUCCCGGCCCCGAGCCGCCGGCGCCGCCGCCGCCGCCGCUCGCCCGCCGCCGCCCUUUGAAACGCCUCAACUCGGAGCCCUGGGGCUUGGCGGUGGCACCGGGGCCGGAGGGGGGGCCGAGGGGACCCCCGGAGCGUUUGGUGGUGGGGAUGGAAGGCUUGAGCCUGGGCGGGCGGCCGCGGCGGCACAGCGUGGAGGGGCGGGAGGCGGCCGGGAUGCUCCCGGGACCCGCCUGGGCCGACCGCGGACCGCCGGCGCUGGCUCGGCGCAACACGGCCCCCGAAGCCACCCGGGGCAAACCGCCUCGUUGGGAACCCCCCGACAAGGAGGGGACCCCCUGGGUCGGCUCCCCGCCUCCCUCACCCCCGGGGCCCAGCCGGCGCUGCGCCGCUUCGGCCAUGCCGCUGCCGGCUACCGAAUCCCCUCCCGGCGGCCGCCGCCGCCCCCCGCCCGGUUUGCUGGAGCGCCGCGGCUCCGGGACCCUCUUGCUGGAGCCUUUGGCCUCGGGCAGAUCUGGCUUCUUGCCCCCCCUGCACCCCGGGCCCUACCCCCCCGGCCACCGGGGCUCGCCCAAGGGGCGCCGCAAGCUGCUGCGCCGCCACUCCAUGCAGCCGGAGGAGCUGCGGCACUUGGGCACCUUCCAGGGCAGCGCCGUCCCGGAGCUGGGCACUUAGGGACCCCCCCCCAGCACCCCCCAGCCCCACUGGGGGUCUGGUGUCCUUAGGGACCCCCCCUCAGCCCCCUCAAAACCCCGCCGGGGGUCUGGUGUCCUUAGGGGACCCCCACCCCUCCCUUCCCACCCCUUGGGCACCUUCCAGGGCAGCGCCGUCCCGGAGCUGGGCACUUAGGGACCCCCCCCCCCCAACACC